CAAGACUACAAGAAAAUGGCAUUUAUUAUUUUGUAUCCAGCUGUUGCAGCAUUAGCUCUCUUUAUUGUCGGCGUCAUAAUAAUAAUGUUACGUUUUGGUCCACGUCUCUGUGGCCUACGUCAUCAUGCUUUACCCGAUCGUGAAGAUUAUCAAGAUCGGGCCUAUGAACAUGAAAUUAGUUAUGCCUGAUGAUAUUAA